UGCCGAGUCUGAAAAACGCCAAGGAAGAAAGCUCACCAAAACUAUCAGCCCGAACACAAACAUGGCGCCCGCCUCCACCGACAACUCCAGGUGAAAGUGUCGCGGAAAAGUGUUUAACAAAGUUUCACAGGACUAACCAAGUGCCUUGUGUGCCUGCGCAUUUGCUUUAGCGCGUUUCGUUUGCUGUUAGUAGAACAACGGAAUAUAUCGAGCGGGAAACAGCAAGUUGCCUACAUGUCAACAUUGUCCGUGGCCGCCGUGUAAACAGCUGGUAACCCAGCCAUGAUCGAGGACAAGGGUCACCGUGUGACCGACUACUUUGUGGUGGCCGGGCUGACAGACAAGUCCACACCUUUGGAGCAAGACCUAUCAGAGACAAAGUCCAGCGGGCCUAAAGCUCCGAUCACUGACUUGGCCGUCAUCAACAAGUCAGCAGGCGAAUCUGUGCCUGAGGGCUUCACCUGUAUUGACAGCACAUACAGUGGCCAGCAGGCCAACCUCAACCAUGGCAGUCUCAAGAGCCCUGAGCUCUUCCUGUGCUACAAGAGGGGUCGCGGGAAGCCCCCACUCAUUGACAUUGGGGUGCUGUAUGAGGGAAAAGAACGCCUGAUCCAGGGCUGCGAGAUCAUCCAGGCCACACCGUACGGCCGCUGCGCCAACGUCAACAACAGCUCAGCCACCUCUCAACGAAUCUUCAUCACCUUCCGCCGCGCGCCUCUCGUCCAGCCCCAGAACUCCCUGGCAGUGACUGAUAUCUGCGUCAUCGUGACCAGCAAGGGUGAGACGCCGCCACACACCUUCUGCAAGGUGGACAAGAACCUCAACUGUGGCAUGUGGGGUUCCAGUGUGUUCCUGUGUUACAAGAAAUCUGUGUCUGCGUCCAAUUCCAUCAAUUACAAAGCUGGCCUCAUCUUUCGCUACCCAGAAGAGGACUAUGAGUCCUUCCCUCUCUCAGAGUCUGUACCACUGUUCUGUUUGCCCAUGGGUGCCAAAAUUGAGUGUUGGGCACCAAACACACGUGACCCUCUACCGGUCUUCUCCACCUUCGUCUUAACCAUCUCCUCUGGGGAAAAGGUGUAUGGUGCAGCUAUCCAGUUCUAUGAGCCGUAUCCGGUGGAGCUGUUGAAUGAGAAACAGAAGAUCCAGCUGGGCCUGCUCACCACCGUGGAGAAGAAGAUGAUCCCCAAUCGGCCCGUCAACACCAACAAAUGCAUCUGCUUGCUCUCCCGCUGGCCGUUUUUCGAGUCCUUCCGCAAAUUCCUCAUGUUCCUCUACAAACUCUCGGUCUCAGGCCCGCACUCACUGCCUAUUGAAAAGCACAUCUCGCACUUCAUGCACAGCGUGUCAUUUCCUUCCCCUCAGAGGCCCAGAAUCUUGGUCCAGCUCUCAGUACAUGACACCUUGAUCCUCUCCCAGCCUGUGUGUACACCCUUACCCCUCAGUGGGGCAGACUACAGCACUCUGCUGAUGAACCUUGGCUCAGAAAACUGCGCCACACUGCUGCACUUUGUCCUGCUGGAGAGCAAGAUCCUGCUGCACUCGCUCCGGCCUGCCGUGCUCACUGGGGUGGCUGAGGCUGUGGUAGCUAUGAUCUUCCCUUUCCAGUGGCAGUGUCCAUACAUCCCCCUGUGCCCCCUCUCUUUGGCAGGCGUUCUCAACGCUCCCUGUCCAUUUAUUGUGGGGGUUGACUCCCGCUACUUUGACCUUUAUGAUCCUCCGCCAGAUGUUGUGUGUGUGGAUCUGGACACCAACACUAUCUACUUGUCUGACGAGAAGAGACACAGUAACUGGAAAAACCUCCCAAAGAAGCCCUGCAAAAGCCUGAUCAACUCACUGAGCAACCUGCACCACCAACUGGCCACUGUGCGUCGAUCAGCACAGGAAGGCUCGGCAGUAGACAUGACACCCAUCGAGGCAGACUUUACCUGGCACAAGAAGAUGACAGCCUUGGAGAUGGAGAUCCAGGAGGCCUUUCUACGUUUCAUGGCCUCCAUCUUGAAAGGCUACCGCUCCUACCUCAAACCCAUCACCCAGGCCCCGUCCGAGAAGGCCACAGCUGCAGACUCCCUCUACGACCUGCAAGGCUUUCUAAAAAGCAGAGACCGUGCCCACCAGAAGUUUUACUCCCAGCUCACCAAGACUCAAAUCUUCAUCCGUUUCAUCGAGGAGUGCACCUUCGUCAGUGACAAGGAUACUGGCCUGGCCUUCUUUGACGACUGCAUUGAGAAGCUUUUUCCCUCUGAUAAAGGCGCUGACAAGGGCACCAAGGUUGAAGAACAGUCAUCUGAGGACACUCGACUGUUGGAGCUGGACGAAUCGCAGAAGAGUGAGCAUACAGUUUUUGUCAUGCCUCCUGAACCUCCAGCUGAGGACGGAUCUGAUCCCGCUCCCCAAUACAGCUAUAAGAGUUUCCCCCCACUGCGGAUGGAGCUGUUUGACCGUCCCAGGGAGUUGAGACCAGCACUCAGCAGCAGAGCAGCAGGGGCCAGCCUAUCCAGCAGCCCUGCACUGCUGGCUAAGAGAACCAAGCAGGAGAUCAAGCUAGCAUACAAGAUGGCGAAGCGUUUCUAUUCCAACCCGCCUCUGUGGGCCCGCUGUCUGUUCAGCCACUGCUACAGCCUGUGGUUCAUCUGCCUGCCAGUGGCAGUUCGGUUGGCCAAGUCUAAGGGCCGCGCCAUGCAUCAGGCUUACAACGUCCUCCUUAAGAUGAGGUCCGCUGAGGUGGAGAUGCUGGAUGAGGUGUGUUACAGAGUGGUGAUGCAGCUCUGUGGUGUGUGGGGUCUCCCUGUUAUGGCUGUGCGUGUCCUGGUUGAGAUGAAGAAAGCAGGGGUACAUCCCAACGCCAUCACUUAUGGAUACUACAAUAAGGCCGUCCUAGAGAGCCCAUGGCCUAGCCGGAACCGCAGUGGCCUCUUCAUGUGGACUAAGCUGCGCAAUGUGGUUCGUGGAGUGGCUCAAUUCAAGCAGGCUCUAAACCGCUCACCUUCUACUAAAGGACCCGCUGUUACUCCCACAACAUCAUCAACAGGUGGUGGAUUAGUUGUCAGUGACGCAGACCGUUUGAGUCAUGGAAGUGCUGACAGCUCAAGUGAGGUCAAUGGCGAGGAACACACACUCUUUGCCCGCAGCCUCGUCAUUGCAGACUCAAAAGACAGCCACUGCAGUACAGGAGGGCAGUCUGAUCAAGGCUAUGGCUCUAAGGAUGAGUUACACCAGGACUUGCCAGACGCUUCCCAUGCAGCUGCACCUCUUUCCACUGAAGAGAGCAGCAAGGCCAAAGCACAGCACAAUGCAGAGGGGGACAUGGCCGGGUCAGUGGACAGUGCAGUAGCAGUAUCAGAGCCCACCAGACCUGCUGAUAUCCUCCCGCAUGUCCCCAGUAUUGUGAAGCUGUCCACAGGGAGUUUUGAAGCUGACAGGGAAACAGGUACUGGAGACCUGUUCAGACUGCGCAGCAAAAGUGAAGAUGUGUCUCUCUCUGAGGAGAAUGCCUUGCUAGCAUCUGCAAACACAAGCUCCCAGUCUCAACGCCAGCGGCAGAAAUCCUUUGCCGAGCGCAGCUGUAGCUUCAGCGCUGAGAGCCGCGCUGGAAUGCUUUUGGAGAAAGGCGUGGACCAUAUGGCCAGCCAAAUGGGUGCAGAUGCUCACAUCCUCACAGCAUUCUCUGUCAGCACAAGCCCGCCCCCAAAUAGUGCAUCUAAAACACUUUUCAAAGACCUGGAGGAGGAGCCCGAAGAUGAAGGGGGCUUGACAUUGACAAACCUGCCAGCAGAAGAGGGGUUGGAAGUAAACAUGCCUAAGCAGGCAGAAGGGAUGGGACUGGAGAAUGAGGCAGAGGGGAGUGAGGCAGAAAAGGAGGAGGUGGACAAGAAGCCCUCUGAAACACAAGAAGAAGAGGAGGAGGAGACUGGCAUGCGAGGGAUGACCCUGGAGAGGGAGGACGUGGAGGUUGGUGCCGACCCUCUCUCCCUGCUGGUCUCAGAGAGCGAGGAGUCAGCCUCUGUUACAAGCCAGGAGCCACCACGCUCCCUGCCUGCUGUGGUAUCCCGUAACCUGGCUGAGGAGAUUGAAAUGUACAUGAGCCUGCGGAGCCCCUUGGGUGCUAAGUCCUCCAGCAUGGAGCUCCAGGCAGACUGCACUGAUGCUCUUCCAGCCAAGCAGACUCUAGAGCGGAGGUCUAGCCUCCCAGUACCUCCAGUCAAAACUCCCUCUUGCUCCCCAGGUGACACACCCAAACGCAGCCCUAACACUGUUACUCGCUCCAAGACUUUUGCUGUGAAGACCAAGACCCUGGCCAUCGCCACAGCCAGUCCAGGCCCUAGAUCAUCCUCAUUGACAGCGCUGGUCAAGUCCUCCCAGGGAGGCUCACUAGGCUCCGUCAUUAACACCAUUUCUGGCAUCAAGAUGGAUUCCUUACUCUCUGGACCUAAAAUCAAUGUGCUGAAGUCAAGUAUGAAGCAGGCAGCCAAUGUAGCCAGCAAAGUGUGGGGGGCAGUGGCUUCAGCUUACUCCUACUCUGAUGAAGAGGAUGAUGGAGGUCAGGGUGGUGGUGGCUUCCCAGCCCGUCUGGAUGAACACAUACUGGCUGCACAUGAGGAAGGGGAUAAUCCCACUGAGAGAGGGGCUAUCCCUGGUUUGGUGGCCAAUGGCCUAAACCACAGCCGCACCAGUUUGGGCAGCAGCAGUGGUAGCAGUGACACAGGCCGAGGGACCCACCAGACACAUCAGAUGCCAGGGCGAGCAGGGAAAUGUCCCGACUCUGAGCAAGGCUCCUCACACCAUGCUUCCUCAUCCAGCAUCUACCAGAACUGUGCGCUGGAGGUGCUGAUGUCCAGUUGCUCCCAGUGCCGCUCCUGCGAGGCUCUGGUGUAUGAUGAGGAGAUCAUGGCAGGCUGGACAGCCGACGACUCCAACCUCAACAGCAACUGCCCUUUCUGCCGCACAGCCUUCCUGCCCUUAUUGCACAUCGAGUUUCAUGACUUGCGCACCACCUCUGGGUUUUAUAUGAAGCCCGGAAGCUCAGGAGACAGUAUCCACAGCACCAAUGCCCAGCCAAUAGCCAGCAGCCCAGCUGAGGCUAAGGCAGCAGACCUUAUCACUUUCCCACCGUCACCUGAGGAUGAGUCUGCAAAGACCAUAGAUAAACCAUCCAUAACACAUAAGAGUUUGGUUCCAGAGCCAGUGCAGUCGGACCCCCUGGGUCUACUGGAGCACCAGGCAGCAGGGAAGCAGCAGCGAGGCAGCGGGACGUCACUGACACGCAGCAACAGUGUGGGAGGUCCCCUGCAGAGCCUGGAGUCCUCCCAGAGACCCGGACAUGGCAUCUCCACCACCAGCCUGCCCUGCAGCCUGCAUGAUGUCUCAGAUGGCAUGGGAGCAAAACGGCCAAAUCCCAAGCCAGUGUCUGUACCCUAUCUGAGUCCUCUGGUGCUGCGUAAGGAGCUGGAGACCCUCCUAGAGAAUGAAGGAGAUCAGGUGAUUUACACCCACAAGUUCCUAAGCCAGCACCCCAUCAUUUUCUGGAACCUGGUGUGGUAUUUCCGCCGUCUGGACCUGCCCAGUCACCUGCCUGGGCUCAUACUGACUUCUGAACACUGCAACAAUGGUGUACAGCUGCCUCUGACUUCACUGUCACAGGACAGUAAGCAGGUGUACGUCCAGCUCCUGUGGGACAACAUCAACCUGCACCAGGAGCCUGGCGAUCCCCUCUACCUGCUCUGGAGAACCUUGCUGGAGAAGAAGGGGACGUUGGCCCCAACAGACCACCAGGAGACACGUACCCUCCUCAACACAAUUGUCCGCAACAUCCAGACCAAUGACGUCUAUGGACCCAUCAACCUGCUAAUCCGAGAGGUCAAACGACGACCAGAGGGGGUCAAGCGGCAGAGGAGUAUCUAUAGAGAAAUACUGUUUCUCUCUCUGGUGGCCUUGGGACGGGAGAAUAUUGACGUGGAGGCCUUCGACAGGGAGUACCGGUCGGCUUACGAUCAGCUGAGCCCAGAGCAGCUCAAGUCCCUGCACCGCAUUGACAGACCGCCCAGCUCCAGCGUCCAGUGGUGCCUUAAAUGCUUUGGAGCCCCGUUCAUCUGAUCACUGAGGCCUCCUGAAGGACAGAUACAGAGUUUGGCGAAUCAGGUGCAAGACAAGAGGAUGGCCAGAGGGGGAAAAGGAGGGACAAGGCCAGACUGAGGGCCGGCAUGUGAGGGAGAGAGAACUUCUGCAUUUAAGCACCUCGAAUCGCCCAAAGAUGGUACUUCUUCCCCGUGUCUUAAAGAUGCCUUUUGUCUCUUUUCUUUUUUUUUUUUUUUAAAUUUACAUCCUUAUCAUGCUUUUCAUAGGCUUUCCAAGCAGCUACCUGCGACUGGGACUCUCUGUGAAUAGCUUGGAAAGCUGCAAGUGAAUCUCUUGGGACUGUUGGGGAUGCGUUUUUCUUACAGAUGGUGUAUAGAAUGAUUAUCAGCUGUACAGAAUGUAUUGGCUGUCGCUAAGGUGUGUGUGUGUGUGUGUGUGUGUGUGUGUGUAUGCGUGCGUGAGUGUGUGUAAUGAUGCAGUCACUGCUCAAUCUCAGUAGGUUUGUGUUUGUCUUUUGCCCACAUUGCUUAUUCUGUUCCAGCUAUCCCCAGAUUAGAUUCAGUCUGAGUUGACUGAGUAGAGGACUGUGUACAGACCCCGACUGUUCCUUUGUGCACUUUCUGAAAACAGCAACUCAAGUCCAUCUAUUUUGUGUACAUAUUUUUCUACUUCUAUGGGGGAAAUCUGAAAGCACGGUUGCCUUUUUUUGUUUUGUUUGUUUGGAGGCAAGAAGAGAUGCCUCGGCUAUUUCUACCGAUCCAAGUCUUAAUGAUGAAUGUCUUGUUAAAUGUGAGUGUUUCAAUGCAAAUGUACAGGCUCAGAGUUGGUUUCUCUGUCUCUGUGUAAAUAUGUGUUGGCUGCUCAUGUAAAUGGGAGAGGACUGAGGCCACAGACAAUCAGUCAGAUUGAUUUCAGAACAUUCCAGAUGCUCUUCAUUCGAAACAGGUCUUAAACAAUUAUUGCUCUCUAUAGUCAAAAUUUCAUCCAAUGUGUAAACAAACCAUUUUGGGGUGGGGUCACAAUGAAUUCAUCAGUUGGAAGUGAAAUGGCAUGCUGAACUACUGAAAAGCAGCCUUGAUGCAAGAAAUCCUGAUUUUUUUUUGUGCCUGAAAGCAAAAUGCACAGUAGGUUCUCAUGCAGGGAAGGCAAACAACAGCUUUGUGCAGUGCCUCAGAGGUGGCAGCAGUCGGUCAAACUCAUGUUUUUAAUUUUUUUAACAGUAACAUACUGUACUUGUUCAGCUGAUAUGUCUUAUUGUAAGGAUAGAUUAGAAAUGUAUCUCAUACGCGCUUGGGUUAUUCCUUAUUCACUGACUCUAACAUAGUCAUGGUAUAGAGUUAAACGAUCCCCUGCUCAGUUAAACCAGCAAGGGUUUUUAAAUCUGGCAUGUUAUAUGCUGGCAAGAUAGCUUUUAAUUUAAGGUUUACACACAAUAGUGUAUAACGUUGCCUCUCUAUUAAUAUUGAAUACCAUUUGCAGUGGUAACAUUUAGAGCUUUAUACGGCACAUACUGCAAAGGGCUUUUUUCGUACUGCUGACACUGUGUCAAGGAGGAGAACCUGACGAGAUGACAUUCCAGUAAAACUGAAAAUUGAGGAGGAGAAACAGACAUGCUGCGACAGUUCUCCCAACUCCACAUUGAACUGCCGCAAAAUGGGUGUAGAUGGUCCUGUUGUAGACUUGGGAGAAUGAGGCUGACUUGUACAGAUUCUAUAAUGUUAUUGUAAAUUUUUCAAUUUGCACUGCAUAGAUUAAAACCUGAUCCCAACCCAGGGCGGGGAUCUUGUGUUCUGCCUCGCAGGCUCUUCAUUCAGUGAGGCCACCUCAGACCAUUAACAACAUAGUUUUUCUCUACAAAAAAAAAAGUUAUGUCAAAGGAAUUAGUCAAUUAUUUAUUUUUGUAUUAUGCCAAGAUGAAAUUUGGAUUGCAGACAAUGUAUUAAUCCACUCUAGCUAUUUUUAUGACUAACUCCCCCAUGUACCUGAAGGGAUUCCACCUUGUACUGACUUUGUAAAUUUGAUCUUGUGGCAGAUGUACAGAAAAGACUAUUCUUUACCAGUGGUUUAAAGCGAUCUCUUACCGUCCUGUGGAAUGGAUUUGAAUGUCUACACACCAUAAUUGCGCUGCAAUAAAAGAGUUUGUGACCAGAUUGAAAA